AUGCCUCCCUUGCGAGCCAACCACGGCUUUCCGUCCAAGAUAGGUCUACUGUUCGCCAUAGCUCUGUCGUUGCCACGCCUCGCCGCCGAAUACCUACAGAAGAAUAUCACAGAUGUCACCGGUUAUAAGCUUGCACCGGGUGUACACUCUGUUCCUGCACCCGUGAGAGUCGCGCCCGAUCAAGAUUGGACAGGCAUCGAUGGCUCGUGGAAUACAUUCAGUUUGUUCGUAGGCGAACCGCGCCAGAAUGUGCGGGUGCUUGUAUCGACUGCAAGUCAACAAAUAUGGGCUAUCAGUCGCCUAGCCUGCGUUUCAAAUAUCACGAGUCCGAUCGUCGGACAGGUCAUGCAGCAGAACGUUCUGAAUCCUCAAUGUGAGAACAGCCGUGGCUUUCUGUUCAACGUCACCGAAUCCUUGACGUGGGCGGAGAAGGGUUAUUAUCAACUCUGGGUAGAGAAGGCGAUCGGCCUCGCUGGAAAUGGGCUAUAUGGCUUCGAUACCGUUGCCAUGGGUUUUCCAGGAGAGGAGGGGCCAUCCACGAUGAACAGUACAAUAGGCACCUUGGUUUCAUCGAAUUUCUGGCUUGGGCACAUUGGAGUGCACCAUAAACCCACCAACUUUUCUGCGUCCGAGGCACCUAUUCCAAGCUACAUGAUGAAUCUCUUCGAUCAAGGCAGCAUCCCUAGCAAAUCAUUCGGCUACACAGCAGGUGCUCAGUACCAUGGACGGAUGGUUUUGGGCAGCCUCACACUUGGUGGCUAUGAUGCUUCUCGAUUUGUUACUAAUGACCUCAGUUUCAUCUUCGAACCCGAUAAUGAGCGUGAUCUUGUUGUCGGGGUUGUUGGCCUCUCAGCAAACACCACCACGCAAUUCAACAUUGAUCUGCUGAUGCGAAGCGAGCUGAACAUGUUCAUUGAUUCAACGGUAGCCGAGCUGUGGUUGCCUCCCAAGGUCUGCCAGGCUUUUGAAGAUGCUCUUGGACUCGAAUAUGAUGCCCGUACUGAUCUUUACCUCGUCAACGAUAGCUUGCAUGCGAAGCUUUUGGCACAGAACCCUAGCAUAACAUUCACACUGGGCCAACAGUUUCGCACCGACUCGACAGUGCAGAUUACGUUACCUUAUGCUGCCCUUGACUUAGUGGCAUCACCACCCUAUAGAGGAUUGCAAGAACAAACGAGGUACUUUCCUAUUAGAAGGGGCUACAUGGCCAAUCAGUGGAUUCUCGGGAGAACCUUCCUGCAGGAGGCUUACUUGACAGUGGACUGGGAACGCCAAAACUUUUCAGUAUCUGCGAUUGACUGGACAUUUGGAAAUUCGAUCGAUCUUAGGCCAAUUGUCGACACAAAGUACCUGGAGCAAGGUCCCGAUCUUUCCGAGAUGCCGGAACUCAGCUCUCGAGCCAUAAUCGGCAUAUCAACUGGCUUGGGACUUGUGGUCAUUGUGAUAUUGUUUGCGAUUGGUUUGUGUGUUUGGCGUCGUCGAAGGUAUAAACUGGAAGCGCGCACAUCACAGGAUAAGGCAACGGUCAUGGUUGCGGCAUCGAAGAAGGCCUCAAUUAAGUCAUGGGAAGGAUCUCCAACUUCUGCCCAUUCGGAAGACGAAAAAUCGACAACCGUCUUUCCCAAGGCAGAGUUACCUGGUAUUUCCACUCUCUGCCAUGAAUUGAGCAACAGAGAAAAGGAGUCGUCGUUGGCAAUCCAUGAGAUUGAUAGUAUCGAGUGCCCAGUGUACGAGAUGCCAGCAGGUGUUCCAGCGCCCCAAGAAGCAGGUGGCCGCCAGCUUUCAGAAAAGGAGAUCCUAAUGGUGCGGGAGCAGAUAUACAAUGGAGUUGAUGCGAGCCAUCCGCCUGUCGUGUCCCCAAACUUGGAAGAUACGCGUCCACGGCCCGCACUUGUAUCUCCAGCAGAAGUGACGACGCUGCACGGUGGAUUGACAAGCCACAGUACUGUGUCACCCAUAAUGCCACGAAGACCAAGAGACGGUGCUUUGCUAGAGGCUUCGGAUACUUACUUCCUGUCGGCAGCCCAUCCGCUUCGAGGCUACAGAAGAACGGAGACCGAAGACGGACUUCUCUCUCCCCUAUCUGGGAUGGAAGAGUCGACAGAGGAGUCUCGACAAAGAUUCUCUUACGAAUCGUGA